GUAUUCACUCAUGUACUUGUCUGGUUGAGAUAGUUAUGAGUGUCCCCUGUGUACUUUAGUGUGAUUAGCACAGCUCUCCCUUUACUCAGAACCUGUUUAUCACAAUCACUUAGAUCUGUACCCGCCUUCUCGUAAGGAGCGCACAAAAUAAACUGGAUGUUGGAACUCGAAAGAAAAAAGUCUGGACAUGUUCUGCAACUCCGGCAGCAUCAAGAAGAGAGGAACAGACUUAACGUUUCAGGUUUUGUAGUAUGAUAAAUAGCCACAGACCUGAAAUGUUAACUCUUCUUUACAGCGUUGUUCAAGCAUUCUGAAUGGCUGGGAUGGAUCGCAACCCAUCCCCACCACCAAGUGAUGAAAGCAGUGAUGAGACAACCAGAGUUGAUGCAAUUGGGAACACAGUGUACAGUAAGCACUGGUUGUUCACCACGCUCAUGAGGCUGAUUGAGCUUGUCUCUCCAGAAGGUGAAGAGGUGGAAGAGUUAGAUUCCAGAAAAGAAACAGAGCUGGAUGAGGAUCUGGAGAAUGAGAUCUGUAAAAUGUGGGACAUGUCAAUGGAUGAGGACGUUGCUGUGUUUCUUCAGGAAUUCAAUGCUACAGACAUCUUGUUGGGGAUCAUUGGUAAAUCCAAGUGUCCCCGACUAACGGAAAUUUGUGUUGGUAUCCUGGGAAAUAUGGCUUGUUACAGUGAGACCUGUCGGGCAAUCAGUAACAACAAUAAUCUCGUUGACGUUUUGCUAUUGCUGCUAGGAGAUUCUGACCCACCUACUCUUUUGGAAACGAGCAGGUUAAUACUGAGCUGUCUUUCUCACCCAGAUGUGUCCAGCAUCUGGGUUAACCAAAUCCAUAAGCAACGCUCUGUUCGGGAGAAUGUAUGCUUCAUAAUGCAGAGCUCCACAAAUGCUGAUUUGUUAGGGAAGAUUGGUGAGAUGGUCGAUAAACUGUUUGAUUUGGACAAGGAACUAAUGCUAAGCUGGGUCAUGGAAUCAAAGGAGUUGUCUGAUUCUGAUGCAUCAACUGCGGAUAAAGAAAAAACAGCUGAAACUGCAUUGGUCCCUUGCUUAUUGGAAGCAGCCAGACAACUCAGGUCAGACAGUAUUGAAGGUUUAGAGGUUUACAUACAUAUACUACAGCUGCUCACUACAACAGAUGGAGGAAUGCAGGCAUUAGUAAGCACUCCAGACAAAGCAGAGUCAACCUGGACUCUACUGUAUGACAUAGUUCACACUGAUCUUUGUCAGGAUGAUGACCCAGAAAUCAUUGUAGAAGAGCAGGCAAGUGUGUUGUCUUCCACUCUGGCUGUUCUUUCAGCGAUCUUUGCAUCGUGCAUGGAGGAAAAUUACAUCAAGACUGAGCGAAACCUUCCUUUGCUUGGUACGCUGCUGCGAAUUUUGUUCUAUGCAGAGGAAUCUCAGAAAAGACCAUCAGAAGGAACAAGAAGACCCAGCACAGACAAAUGGUCUGUCCCAUCUCCAACAUCUGGUGCCCACAAAGGAAAACGGCGAGAAGGAGACUAUCACUUGAAAAUUCUCCUGGAUAUCUGCUGUGAAUUUCUUUCUGAAAUCUUCACAAACAUUGGAAAGGAGAUUGUGUCAAAAAGCUUUAAAGAAGGGUUCCUGAGCCAGGAUAUGUGUACUUCUGCUUUUCACCACCUUCUCCCUCAGUAUCACACAUCUGUGGAAAAAUUCCACGCCAUCUUAAUGGAAGUAAAACCGGACCUUGCAGAACAAUUAUUACUAGAGUUUCCCAAUCUAAUAUCCUGACUGGGAAUUGUUGCUGCAACUCAGUGGGAACUAUGUUGUGUGGAGCAAAUGGCCGCAAGACAGAAAACUUUUAAUUGUCUAAAUGCACAUACAUCUACCAAACGUUGCCUGGCAGCAACAACUUUGUCAAUCACUGAGAUACUAAAUCAGCACAACUGCCUUUGGAUUUGUGAGCAAUUCAGGAUCAUGUUCAUAAUUGGAUUAAGGUCCUGUUAGAAUAUAUUUGGAUAUUUAUGCAGUUUACGUGAAGUUUCUUUUCCUUGGUGUGAAUGCGAAAGAGACUAGCAGCUGUGGAAAGUUUUAGGACCGAUUAAAGUUACUGACGGAAUUCUGCUCUGUUCCCAGCCUCCUGAGAAUGUGGCAUUUCAGGAGCAGUUUCAUCUUGAACCAUCACAGUUCCAGAGCUGAAAGUUCACACCUAUAGCGGCAGUUUGUAUCUUUCAUUUAUGUUUACCCUCCUGAAACUUUGUUGUGUUGAGCUAGGAAUGUGCUCUUUCAGCAGUAGCUAUUUUACUAUUUUACCUAUGCUGAAAAGCGUAAUGUCGAACACAGUGGGUCAUUUUUCUUCAAUAAAUGGUGGCUUUUCUAUUUUAA